AUGAGUCCAAGUAAACGCUCACUCGGCGAUCAGAGCGAAUCGCGGCCUACAAUCACUGUGACCGACAUGGACACUGUACACGAGGAGAACGACAAUGACAGUGACGAAUCAUCAUACUCCGACGUGGCACGACUCAGGGAGCGGACUCACGCAGUCGUGGGUCCGGCCGUGGAACCACUUAUCCAAAGCUCCCAUUCACAACCAAACAGUCGAAGAAUGUCUAGUGAUGCUGAUAUAAAAUUAGCGGCAAAUCUAAAUACGAGGCGUCCGUCUGCUAUAAUAGCCGCAUUCAGGAGACCGUCACAAGCGCUAGCAUUAUGUGCCGCGACACAACGGCGGUUCCUGUCAGAGCUGCAGCCUCAUUCACGGAACUCAAUGGCAUCCACACACGACCACCCACCUUCCGCUGCAGAAAUACUAGGACAUGAAGCGUUAAGCAAAGCGCUAUCCGCACUAUAUGCGAAGUUAUUAGUUGUUCUCGGUCUUGCAUUUCCUGUUACUGAAGUUAUUGCAAAUGGCGUCCCAGACGCCUACUACCAGGGAUUCUAUUUAUACUUGUACUUAGUAUCUUUACUGUUCGUGAUAUUCCAAUAUGUGAAUCUGAUGCGUCAGAAGGCUGUUACGAUGAUAAUUCAUGAUCACGGUGUGGUAGAUAAGGAUGAGAGGAAUGGUAAAGCCACUCCAAACGAGAAGGUUAAACAGAAGGAAGUGAUAACUCGAUAUGGCAGUUUCUAUUUACGAUUAGGAGCUAUCGCGUUCGGCAUUGGUUCGAUGGUAUACAGCGGCCUGGAACUCGGCGAAUACUUCGAAAUAACACAUGGUUGCCGUUCUGUUCUCUCGGCUAUGACUCCAGCUCUUCGUAUGGCUCUGACCCUCGCGCAAAUGCAGUUUAUAUUCUUCACCAACAAAGAUAUAGAGUCGGGCAGCAAUAAAUUGAUUCAGAGAUUCGGUUUUAUGCACAUGAUAGCCGCGAACCUCUGCGAAUGGCUGUACGUACUUGUUGCUGAGACGAAGCACGAAAUGCAUCAUCUAGAGAGCUCUCUAUCGAAGAAUAACGCGGAAAAUACAACAGAAAUGCCAUGCCGGAGAUCUAAUAUUAUGGGAGCGUUGGUACAAAACGCUUCCCCAUUCCUAUUUCCUUGCACGAUUGAAUAUUCCCUCAUUUGCGCUGUUAUUUUAUAUGAAAUGUGGAAAGAGGUAAAGAGCACGCCGGAAGAUUUUGAAAAGAAAAGCAAUUAUGAAAAAAAGUCGCGAAACAAUUCCGUUACACCCGAGAAAAUUUUACAACAGUUUGCUGGGAUGCUUGGUGUCAGUUCACCACAUGGAAGCAGGAAUGCACUCCAUAACUUCUCCGUAGACUGUUCUCACGCUCACAGGGGACUGUUCGCUGGCAUCCUUGUUAUAGUCCUGACAAUUAUAUCUUUGAUAAUGUUCUUUGUUUUGGCUAAUAACAGUGAUACUGUUAAUGACGCCAUAUUCGAAGUAAACAUUUGCGAGUUGAUUCUGUACACGCUCUCAAUUUUGGCGACAGUAAUCGCUCUAAAACAAAUGAGGGCUUUACCAUACAAACGAAAAUCGCAAGCGGUUCUCGGCUUAGACACAUCCCUUCUGAUUUUGGCACAGUCGGGAAUGUUCGUCUACUGUAUGUUCAGUUUGAUUGGCUGUCACCACACCAUGGAUAAAAAGAAUAGCUCCGGACUCACUGGAUUCUUCUCGGAGUUUCUUUCUUUAAACCAGACAACCCUACAAUCUUUAUUUAUUAUCGACGCUUGGUGGCGUAGGAGCAAUACCUCAGAACACCGAAGAAACAAACCUGGAAGACAGCUGGUCACAUUCCUCCUGGUUGCUAAUAUGGCUAUGUGGACAAUCAAUACAUUAGAAAAGAAUCGCGCCGAGUUCAGACCAGCUCAUCUAGAAUUCUACGGACCCUGGGCUUGGACCAUUAUCACACACGUCUCUAUGCCACUAGCCAUAUUCUACAGAUUCCACUCAACGAUAUGCCUCUUCGAAAUAUGGAAGAACAGCUUCAAAAAUAAACCUCUAUUUUUAAAUGUUUAA